GGACAGAGAUGUCUCAACUCUGGGAGAGAGGGGACAGAGAUGUCUCAACCCUGGGAGAGAGGGGACAGAGAUGUCUCAACUCUGGGAGAGAGGGGACAGAGAUGUCUCAACCCUGGAAGAGAGGGGACAGAGAUGUCUCAACCCUGGGAGAGAGGGGACAGAGAUGUCUCAACCCUGGAAGAGAGGGGACAGAGAUGUCUCAACCCUGGGAGAGAGGGGACAGAGAUGUCUCAACCCUGGGAGAGAGGGGACAGAGAUGUCUCAACUCUGGGAGAGAGGGGACAGAGAUGUCUCAACUCUGGGAGAGAGGGGACAGAGAUGUCUCAACUCUGGGAGAGAGGGGACAGAGAUGUCUCAACUCUGGGAGAGAGGGGACAGAGAUGUCUCAACUCUGGGAGAGAGGGGACAGAGAUGUCUCAACUCUGGGAGAGAGGGGACAGAGAUGUCUCAACUCUGGGAGAGAGGGGACAGAGAUGUCUCAACCCUGGGAGAGAGGGGACAGAGAUGUCUCAACCCUGGAAGAGAGGGGACAGAGAUGUCUCAACUCUGGGAGAGAGGGGACAGAGAUGUCUCAACUCUGGGAGAGAGGGGACAGAGAUGUCUCAACUCUGGGAGAGAGGGGACAGAGAUGUCUCAACUCUGGGAGAGAGGGGACAGAGAUGUCUCAACUCUGGGAGAGAGGGGACAGAGAUGUCUCAACCCUGGAAGAGAGGGGACAGAGAUGUCUCAACCCUGGGAGAGAGGGGACAGAGAUGUCUCAACCCUGGAAGAGAGGGGACAGAGAUGUCUCAACCCUGGAAGAGAGGGGACAGAGAUGUCUCAACUCUGGGAGAGAGGGGACAGAGAUGUCUCAACUCUGGGAGAGAGGGGACAGAGAUGUCUCAACUCUGGGAGAGAGGGGACAGAGAUGUCUCAACUCUGGGAGAGAGGGGACAGAGAUGUCUCAACUCUGGGAGAGAGGGGACAGAGAUGUCUCAACUCUGGGAGAGAGGGGACAGAGAUGUCUCAACUCUGGGAGAGAGGGGACAGAGAUGUCUCAACUCUGGGAGAGAGGGGACAGAGAUGUCUCAACUCUGGGAGAGAGGGGACAGAGAUGUCUCAACUCUGGGAGAGAGGGGACAGAGAUGUCUCAACCCUGGAAGAGAGGGGACAGAGAUGUCUCAACCCUGGGAGAGAGGGGACAGAGAUGUCUCAACCCUGGGAGAGAGGGGACAGAUAUGUCUCAACCCUGGAAGAGAGGGGACAGAUGUCUCAACCCUGGGAGAGAGGGGACAAACAGUGUACUUAUUGGAUCCUGGGUGAAGAGAUUUGGGCUUUGGGGGCUUUAGUGAUUUUAACACCCUUGGACCCGGAGCCAUCACCUGUACCACUGGUCCAAUAGGGAGGGUUAGAGGUCGUCUCUGUUUGCUGCCGUAGUGGUUUUAAUGCUAUUGGACGUCCUUCACUCUGGUCCUAUAGGUGCUGUUACAACACACCAGCACCGAACAGGAGACCAAACAGACAGGGAAGAACCACGGACUGUUGGCAGUUAAAGACCAAAUGGACACCAACUAACUGCAAAUGGUAGAUUCCAUAUUUUGUCACGCUCAGAAGGUCAAAAGGUUAUUUGGCCAAGCUGUUUCAGACAGUGCUGUGCUGCUUGUGUAUUGAUGUGCUUUUGUCGUUCAUUCAUUAUUGUAUUACUAGAACUGUCUGGUCUAGUCUCACUAGCUGCUAUGUUACCAAGUCAUCUCACCCACGAUGAGCUAAUUAUCUGAUAGGAAAUUAUACACACACACACACACACACACACACACACACACACACACACACACAUUUCAUUUUUGACUCAGAAGGGGGAGUAGCGAUCUCUUAAAGUGCUUACUUACGCAUGUCUGAUGUCCAUUAACUCACUGUCUGUGCAGCUGUAAACAUAUAUUUGUUCUAACAGGAAACAUGACAAAACAACCUCCAUUAUCUUUCUAUGGAUUUACUGUGAGUGACAUCAUAUGCAUCCUAAAUGAUUCCCUAUAUAGUGCAUUACCUUUGACCAGGGCACGAAGGGGGGGACCAG